GGAGACACAGCUGCCUACGGCUGUUAGAUCUGAGGAACACACACACACACACACCAGCAGUUUUCUGAGCAUGACAAAUGGGCGGGAACUUGAAGAGAAAGUGAAACUCAGCAGUGGAGACACGAGGAGAGGAUGACAAAGCUAAACUGAGAUUGAAGGAAAACAAAGUUCUGGGGAUUUCACAGCAUAAGCUUUCCUGAGUGUUUUGCUCCAGCCGUAUUGUGACAGUCUUACAGAAAAACAAAUCUUCCUGUGGUCCAACUCAAGCAAACCAGCGCUCACCUGAGGAGGUCAUUAGCCGCUCCUCAUGUUUGUGAUGUGACCGUCACCUCAGUGCUUGCUGUCACCUCGGUGGGGGCAAAUUUCCUAUCAGUGAAAAAACGACACUUCCUCAACAAUGGCGUUGGUGAGACUGUUGGUGUUUUAUCUACUGCUUAAAUCUCCCGUUGGGUCUCAGCCUAUGCAAAGUCCGCAGCACACGUCAAGCACUCCCCAACCCACUGAAGAGCAGGCUCCUGGCAGUCUGUCCUUCCCUUGGAGCCGGCUACGCCUGCCAAGGUACAUCAUUCCCCUCCACUACCACCUCCACCUGCACCCCAACCUCACCACUCUCAGCUUCUCUGGCUCGGUGCGGAUCCAGAUUCACGUGGAGAACAACACAAACUGGGUUGUGCUGCACAGUAAGGGUCUGCAGAUCUCCAAGGCCACCGUUUUGGAUGAGAAUCUAGCUCAUCUGUCCGACCAGGUUCUUCCUGUCCUACACAACCCCAGCCAUGAGCAGGCAGCCAUUUUCUCUCCCAGGGUGCUCAGCAGGGGGCACAAGUACUUCCUAUAUAUUGAGUUUGGGGCAGAGCUUGGAGAUGGUUUCUAUGGCUUCUACAAGAGCACCUACCGGAUGAGCACCGGAGAGACCAGAACCUUAGCUUCAACUCACUUUGAGCCGACGAGCGCUCGGAUGGCAUUCCCCUGUUUUGAUGAGCCUAGUUUCAAAGCCAACUACUCCGUAAGGAUCAGAAGGAGCCCAGAGCACAUAUCCUUGUCCAACAUGCCCAUAGAGAAAACAGUUGAACUGAAUGACGGUCUCCUGGAGGACCACUUUGCUGUGAGCGUCAGGAUGAGCACCUACCUGGUAGCUUUCAUCAUCUGUGACUUCAAAUCUGUCUCUGCAACAACAUCUUCGGGGAUAAAGGUGUCCAUCUAUGCUGCUCCUGAGAAGUGGCAGCAGACCCACUAUGCUCUGGAGGUUGCUGUCAAGAUGAUGGACUUCUUUGAGAAGUAUUUCAACAUCCUCUACCCACUACCCAAACAAGAUCUCAUAGCCAUUCCUGACUUCCAGUCCGGUGCGAUGGAGAACUGGGGUCUGACCACCUACAGAGAGACAAGCCUUCUCUUCGAUCCCCUCACAUCCUCUGUUUCUGAUAAACUCUAUGUUACCAUGGUGAUUGGCCACGAACUCGCCCACCAGUGGUUUGGUAACUUGGUGACCAUGGAGUGGUGGAACGAUAUCUGGCUGAAUGAAGGAUUUGCCAGAUACAUGGAGUACAUUUCAGUAGAGGCAACCUACCCUGAACUCAGAGUGGAGGAAUAUCUACUGACGACCUGUUUUGCGGCAGUUGGGAGAGAUUCGUACGACUCUUCUCGGCCGAUAUCCAGCUCAGCGGAGAGCCCCACUCAGAUCAAAGAGAUGUUUGACACAGUGUCCUACAACAAAGGAGCGUGCGUCCUCCACAUGCUUCGAUACUUUCUGACAGAUGACGUUUUCCAGAGCGGGAUUGUGCGAUACCUCCGCAAAUACAGCUACAGCAACGCACACAACCAGGACCUGUGGGACAGUCUGGCUAAUACAUGCUCAGAAGAGGAAUUCAUGUCAGGAAAAUACUGCUACAGCAGCAGCCAGGCCUCCAAGAACGCGUACCUGUUUGCAGGAGAACACCUGGACCUGACAGCCAUGAUGAACACCUGGACUCUGCAGAAAGGCAUUCCCUUGAUAAUCGUAUCUAGGAAUGGGUCUCGUCUUCUAUUGAGACAGCAGAGGUUUCUGCGGACGGUCCUGCCCUCGGAUCCUCGCUGGUCCACACUGCAACAAGGUUACCUUUGGCACAUCCCUCUGACAUACAAGACAAACAUGUCCACCACCAUCCACCGACACAUGAUGACAACACACACAGACAGUGUGGACAUAGGUGAGGGAGUGGGCUGGGUGAAGGUGAACACGGACAUGACGGGGUAUUACAUGGUUCACUACGAGGGCUCAGGCUGGGAUGAGAUGACCAAGCUGCUGAGGGAAGACCACACAGCUCUGAGCUACAAAGACAGGACUCAUUUGAUACACAAUGCCUUUCAGCUGGUCACGGGGGGUCAGCUGCUGCUCAAUAAAGCUUUAGACCUGAUUGACUACCUGCGCUCAGAGACACACACAGUCCCUCUCCUUGAAGGCCUGGGCUAUCUGGAGGCCUUUUACAGACUAGUGGAGAAAAGAAAUGCACCUGAUCUAACACACAAACUAAAGACGUAUAUCCUGCGUUUUUUCCGUGAUGUCAUCGACCAGCAGAUGUGGAGUGACAGGGGCUCUGUGUCAGAGCGACGGCUGAGAUCAGAGGUCCUCUCCCUGGCUUGUCACCUGGAUGACCCUCCCUGUCUGGAGCGAGCCAGUCAGACCUUCAGAGACUGGCUCCUGUCCAACGGGACACUCAACCUGCCCACAGAUGUGGCGGAGACAGUGUAUUCAGUUGGAGCUCGGGAUGAGCAUGGCUGGGCCUCCCUCUUCCACACAUACACCAUCUCCCUCUCUGAAGCCCAGAAGGAAAAGAUCCUCUCAGCCUUGGCAAGCAGCAGAGACACCAGCAAACUCCACAGACUACUGGAGUUGGGUCUGGAGGGGAAGGUGAUUCGUUUCCAGGAUCUGUCCUCACUCGUCCUCCUGGUGGCCAGCAACCCCCAGGGGCAUCACCUUGCGUGGAACUUUGUCAAAAAGAACUGGAGCACGCUCAUUCACAAGUUCCUGUUGGGCUCCUCUUGUAUUAGAAACAUCAUCAUUGGCACAACAGGCCACUUUUCUUCUCCAGAGGAACUCACUGAUGUGCAACUGUUUUUCGAGUCCAUCAAAGAACAGGCGUCUCAGCUGAGAGCGACUCAGGUUGCCCUGGACAAUGUGCAGAAAAAUGUUCUCUGGGUACAAAGGAACCUGGGAACUCUGAGGAACUGGCUGGAUGAACAGAUGAAGUAGGAGGACGGUGGUGGUCGAAGGAUUUCACAGAAGAAAUACCUGGAAAUAAUUUGAAUGUAUGUUUAUUUGUGUUUUCAUUUGGAAAUUGUUUUGUGCUCUGCACUAAAAACAAGUUUGUAAGUUUUUACAUUUCAGGGAUGUUUCAAAGAUGUUUUUUAUUUGAACAAUAAAAGUGAU